UAUCCUCCGGUAGACUUUUCUCCCGAUCGAUUCUCUUUUGGAAGUCGACAUCUCUAGCUUAGCUCGUUCUGAUGCGUCGGGAUCUCUGAUCCGCCUUUGGACGAGAGGCUCAAGCUUCGCUCGAUCAGAGCCGGCAUUUCUUCUGGUUGUCGUCGCGGUGGAAGAAAGAGUAGAAGAAGAGGAAUAAGGGGGGAGAAGCGGAGCCGAUACCAAUGAAGAAGACGGGGCCUGGAAAUCUGAAGCUCAAGCUUUCCCUCCCUCGUCAGGAGGAGUCUAUUGGAAAAUUUCUGACACAGAGUGGCACUUUCAAGGAUGGGAAUCUUCUCGUCAAUAAAGAUGGACUUCGAAUCGUUUCUGAAAGCGAAGAAGGAGGGCCACCUCUUAUCAAACCAUUGGAUAAUACAUUGAGUUUGGAUGACUUAGAUGCAGUUAAAGUAGUUGGAAAAGGUAGUGGUGGAAUUGUUCAGCUUGUUCGUCACAAGUGGACCAGCCAAUUUUUUGCUCUUAAGGUUAUACAGAUGAACAUUCAAGAGGACAUACGAAAACAGAUUGCUCAGGAACUUAGGAUAAGCCUAGCAACCCAAUGCCCCUUUGUUGUCCAGUGCUAUCAAUGUUUCUAUGAUAAUGGCGUUAUCUCUAUAGUUCUGGAGUACAUGGAUGGUGGUUCACUUGCAGAUUUUCUGAAGAGUGUAAGAACAAUUCCGGAGCCAUAUCUUGCUGCAAUCUGUAACCAGGUGCUAAAUGGCUUGAUUUAUCUGCAUCAUGAAAAGCACAUUAUCCAUCGUGAUUUGAAACCAUCAAACAUUUUGAUCAAUCAUACAGGCGAAGUCAAAAUAUCUGAUUUUGGUGUUAGUGUGAUAAUUGCAAGCUCCUCGGGUCAGCGUGACACCUUUACUGGUACAUACAAUUACAUGUCUCCUGAAAGAAUUACUGGACAAAAACAUGGUCCUGUAAGUGACAUUUGGAGUUUGGGUCUUAUUAUGCUGGAAUGUGCUACGGGCCAAUUUCCUUAUCCACCUCGUGAUAGCUUCUAUGAACUUCUUGAAGAAGUGGUUGAACGCCCCUCACCCUUUGCACCUUCUGAUCAGUUUUCUGCAGAGUUCUCCUCAUUUAUUUCUGAAUGUUUACAGAAAAAACCCAUGGAUAGAAAACCUGCACAGGCGCUCUUGGCACAUCCUUUCUUGAGCAUGUAUGCUGACCUGAACAUCGAUCUUGCUUCCUAUUUCACAACGGCUGGAUCACCCCUAGCCACGUUCUAAAUGAUUUCGUGUUCUUAAUCAUCGGGAUGCAGAGUAUUUUUCACUCUUCAGGCAUGGCUGCUACUGAUGUUGCUUUCUAUUUCACUGCUGCUUGUUACUGCCGGCCAUAGUUAAGAGUAUUGAAUUGUAUGCUGAUGUUAUCUUCAUGUAUUUGGUAAUGCCAUUGGAUCAUUUUUGCUAUCUUGUUUCAACUGGAGAUCACGUAACUUGUGUCGGAUGCAAUGACCAUACCACACUCGAUUUGGUAAUGCUGGUUGUUGAUGACACACAUCUUUGGUGCAGGAAUAUACAAUGGAUGGGUUUUCAGGGUUUCA